UCAUUUGACUUUGCGCUUGUUUUAUUUCAGUAAUUUUAUUGCACCCUUUUCGCUUCUUACUUCCUGCCGUACUAUUUACUUUAGUGAGAAUUUUUUUCCAUGCCAUUUUUUCCCUAAGAGAAAGACAGAGAAGGUAGGAGGAGCCGGACCGAGAAGUGUGCCUCACUCUCUCUCUCUCUCUCACACUCUCACACGCUGCCUCUCUUCCAUUCUGUCAUUGCCAUCUCGGCAGUACGGAGACUGUUCAUUCCCAGCCACCCUGAAUGUUGGGGGGACAGCACACGUUUGACUUGAAGUCACAUUUCACAAAGGAAUAACAAUUUUCUUCACAACAGCCAAAAGGAUCAACAAGAACAGAGGAAGAUACAGUAAGAAAAAAACAUUACAAGGAUAUCUUCUUUUGUUUUCCUUUGUAAUUGAAUUGAGAACCAUAUGACAGCUGGUUUUGUCACUGGAUUCUUUCCCACGACAAGACGUGAGACACUGCUUUCUCUUUGUUUGCUGGUGGGCAUUUUAGUUUUACUUUGAGAGAGUUUACAGACUUAAAGCACAAUGGUUGCAGGAAUGCUUAUGCCCCUGCGGGACCUAAGGGCCAUCUAUGAGGUCCUGUUUCGAGAUGGUGUCAUGGUGGCUAAGAAGGACAAGAGGCCUCAGAUCAUGCACCCUGAAGUACAAGGUGUGAGCAACCUACAAGUAAUGCGCGCCAUGUUGUCUCUGAAGUCCAGGGGAUAUGUGAAAGAAACAUUUGCUUGGAGACAUUUCUACUGGUACCUGACCAAUGAUGGCAUUGUUUACCUGCGCGACUACCUCCGCCUGCCCGUUGAGAUUGUACCUGCCUCUUUGCAGAGGAUUAGGAAGCCAGCUGCCUCUCUGGCCAUUGCCCACCGGGCUGCACGGGUCCAAACUGUAGAAGGUCCUACGUCUUAUGUUCCCAAGCCAGGACGCAGGGGUGAAGCAGAGAGCCAAGAGGCACUGACCGAGCGUCAGAGCUACCGCCAUAGGAUGACGCGUCCUGGAGAAAGGGAGAAUUACUCUGAUAGGACCCCCAGGUUUAGGGGUCGUCCACUGAAUGCAGAGCCAAUCAGCCCAAAAGCAUCAUGGGAAAUGGAGGACCAGCCUCAGUCUGCUUUCAGGAAGGGCCCCAACUUCAGAAGUGAAGUACCAAUGAUGGAGGAGAAGAGGGAGAAGAGAGUUGCUCGUCAGGAGCUUAAUAUGAGUGGUGAGAAGCCAGCAACAUCAUCACAAGAGAGGAGAGUGUUGGAGGUCCAAAAGACAAAGGUACCAAGUUCUGCUACAGCAGCUUUGAUACAGGAUGUGUCACAGACCACUCUGACAUCCUCCAAAACCACCCCACCAUUAAAUGUGGCUGCUGUCGCUGAGGCUACAGGUGCUGCAACAUCAAAGAUUCCAGCUGAACCCUCUGCUCCCAACAUGAUUAAAGAAAUAAAGAAUAAAGAGAAGUCUAAGGUUGCUGAUGAAAAACCUUCAAUGAAAUCGAGUGAAAUGACCACAAAACAUUCAGUCAUCACAAUGCCUACUGAGUUUAAGGAGGAGAAAACAAGAAAGGUGAUUGUGGAUCCAGAGGUCAGUGCUACAGCUAAAACAGCUCCUGAUAAAGUAAAGCCCAAAUCAGAUAUUACAAUGGAAUCUGCUCAUGAAACCUCCAAAGUUCCUACUGUCACUGUGGCUACCAGCACUGUCAUCACAAAGCCUAUCAAUAAAGAUGUCAAGGGACAGAAGACAAAAACGGUGAUUGUGGAUCCAAUUGAAUCUGCAGAGGUCAGUGCUACAGCUAAAACUGCACCUGAGGAAGUGAAGCCCAAACCAGAUGUUAAAAUGGAAUCCACUCAGGAAACACUCAUGGUCUCUACUGUCACUGCCACAUCAAAAACUAUCAGAACAAAAUCUGUUGACAAAGAUGUUAAAGAAGAGAAGACAACAAAGGUGAUUGUAGAUCCAAUUACAUCUGCAGGGGUCACUGCUACAGCUAAAAUAGCACCCAAAAAAGUGAAGCCUACACCAGAUAUUACAAUGGAAUCUGCUCACCAAACCUUCAAAGUUCCUAAUGUCACUGCCACUGCCAGCACUGUGAGAACAGAAUCUGUUAAAGAUGUAAAGGAAAAGAAGACAAGAAAACUGACUGUGGAGCCAGUUCAAUCUGCAGAGGUUAAUGCUGCAACCACACCUGAGGAAGUGAAGCCCAAACCAGAUAUUAAAAUGGAAUCUGUUGAGGAAAUCUCCAAAGUUCCUGCUGUCACUGCUGCUACUGGGACUGUAAUCACAAAACCUGUUAGUACAGAUGUCAAGGAAGAGAAGACAACAAAGGUGACUCUUGAUCCAGUCAAAUCUGCAGAGGUCAGUGCUACAGCUAAAAAAGCACCUGAAAAAGUGAAGCCUAAACCAGAUAUUACAAUGGAAUCUGCUCAGAAAAACUCCAAAGAUCCUACUGUUACUGCUGCAGCCUUCCCUGUCAGCACGCAAUCUGUCAAUAAAGAUGCAAAGGAAGAGAAGACAGAAAAGGUGACUGUUGAUCCAAUUAAAUCUGCAGAGGUUAAUGCUACAGCUAAAACCACACCUAAAAAAGUGAAGCCCAAACCAGAUAUAAAAAUGGAUUCUGCUCAGGAAACCUCCAAAGUUGCUGCUGUUACUGCCUCUGAUAGCACUGUCAUCACAAAACCAGUUAGUAAAGAUAUCAUGAAAGAGAAGACAACGAAGGUGACUGUGGAUCAUCCCAUUAAGUCAGCAGAUGUGAGCACUACAGCUAAAACUGCACCUGAGGAAGUGCCGCCCAAACCAGAUAUUAAAGUGGAUUCUGUUGAAGAAACCUCCAAAGUUACUGCUAUCACGGCUGCUACCAGCACUGUAAUCACAAAACCAGUUAAUAAAGAUGUCAAGGAAGAGAAGACAACAAAGAUGAUUGUGGAUCCCAUUAAAUCUGCAGUGGUUAAUGCAACAGCAAAAAUAGCACCUGAAAAAGUAAAGUCCACACCAGAUAUUACAACGGAAUCCACUCAGGAAACUUCCAAAGUUUCUGCAGUCACCGCCCCUGCUAGCACUGUCACUGCAAAAUCUGUUGAUAAAGAUGUCAAGGAAGAGAAAAUAAGAGAGGUGACUGUUGAUCCAAUUAAAUCUGCAGAGGUCAAUGUUACAGCUAAAACUUCACAUGAAAAAAUGAAACCCAAAUCAGAUAUUACAAAAGAAUCCACUCAGGAAACCUUCAAAGUUCCUACUAUUGCUGCCACAUCCAAAACUGUCAGCACAAAACCUGUUGACAAAGAUUUCAAGGAAGAGAAGACAACAAAGGUGGCUGUAGAUCCCAUUAAAUCUGCAGAGGUCAGCAUUACAGCUGAAACCGCACCUGAGAAAGUAAAGGCCAAACCAGAUAUUACAAUGGAAUCUACACAGGAAACCUCCAAAGUUUCUACUGUCACUGCCACAUCAAAAACUGUCACCACAAAAUCUGUUGACAAAGAUGUCAAGGAAGAGAAGACCAAACCGGUGACUGUUGAUCCAACUAAAUCUGCAGAGGUUAGUGCUACUGCUAAGAAAGUGAAGCCUACACCAGAUAUCAUAACAGAAUCUGCUCAGGAAACUUCCAAAGCUCCUACUAUCACUGCUGCUACCAGCACUGUCACCACGAAAUCUGUCAAUAAAGAUGUAAAGGAAGAGAAGACAGAAAAUGUGACUGUUGAUCCAGUUAAAUCUGCAGAGGUCAGUGCUACAGCUAAAACUGCACCUGAGAAAGUGAGGCCCAAACCAGAUAUUAAAAUGGAUUCUGCUCAGGAAACCUCCAAAGUUUCUACUGUCACUCCUGCUACCAGCACUGUCACCACAAAACCUGUUAUGAAAAAUGUCGAGGCAGAGAAGACAGCAAAGGUGACUGUAGAUCCCAUUAAGUCUGCAGAUGUUAAUGCAAUGGCUAAAAAAGCACAGGAAACAGUGAAGUCCACACCAGAUAUUACUGUUGAUCCAAUUAAAUCUGCAAAAGUCAGUGCUACAAGUAAAACUCUAUCUGAGAAGGUGAAGCCCAAACCAGAUAUUAAAAUGGAUUCUGCUCAGGAAACCUCCAAAGUUGCUACUGUCACUGCUGAUGCUAGCACCGUCAUCACAAAACUUGUUAGUACAGAUGUCAAGAAAGAGAAGACAGAAAAGGUGAUUGUGGAUCCCAUUACGUCUGCAGAGGUUGAUGCAACAGCUAAAAAAGCAGCGAAAGAAGUGAAACCCAAACCAGAUAUUACAAUGGAAUCCACCCAGGAAACCUCCACAGUUCCUACUGUCAGUACCACAUCCAAAACUGUUUGCACAAAAUCUGCUAACAAAAAUGUUAAGGAAAAGAAGACCGAAAAGGAGACUGUAGAUCCAAUUAAAUAUGCAGAGGUCAGUGCUACAACUCAAGUAGCACCAGAAAAAGUGAAGCCCAAAUCAGAUAUUUCAACAGAAUCUGCUCAGGAAACCUUCAAAGUUCCAACUGUCACUGCUGCUGCCAGCACUGUCAUCACAAAAUCUGUUGACAAAGAUGUCAAGGAACAGAAGACAACAAAGGUGGCUGUAGAUCCCAUUAAAUCUGCAGAGGUCAGUAUUACAGCGAAAAUCGCACCUGAGAAAGUAAAGUUCACACCAGAUAUUACAAUGGAAUCUACACAGGGAACCUCCAAAGUUUCUGUUGUCACUGCCACAUCAAAAACUGUCAGCACAAAAUCUGUUGACAAAGAGGAGAAGAAAACAAUGGUAACUGUUGAUCCAGUUAAAUCUGCAGAGGUCAAUGCUACAGCUAAAACUGCACCUGAGAAAGUGAGGCCCAAACCAGAUAUUAAAAUGGAUUCUGCUCAGGAAACCUCCAAAGUUUCUACUGUCACUCCUGCUACCAGCACUGUCACCACAAAACCUGUUAUGAAAAAUGUCGAGGCAGAGAAGACAACAAAGGUGACUGUAGAUCCCAUUAAGUCUGCAGAUGUUAAUGCAAUGGCUAAAAAAGCACAGGAAACAAUGAAGUCCACACCAGAUAUUACAAUGGAUUCUACAAAGGAAACCUCCAAAGUUUCUCCUGUCACUGCCACAUCAAAAACUGUCAGCACAAAAUCUGUUGACAAAGAUGUCAAGGAAGAGAAGACAACAGCGGUAACUGUUGAUCCAAUUAAAUCUGCAAAAGUCAGUGCUACAAGUAAAACUCCAUCUGAGAAGGUGAAGCCCAAACCAGAUGUUAAAAUAGAUCCUGUUGAGGAAACCUCCAAAGUUGCUACUGUCACUGCUGAUGCUAGCACCGUCAUCACAAAACUUGUUAGUACAGAUGUCAAGAAAGAGAAGACAGAAAAGGUGAUUGUGGAUCCCAUUAUGUCUGCAGAGGUUGAUGCAACAGCUAAAAAAGCAGCGAAAGAAGUGAAACCCAAACCAGAUAUUACAAUGGAAUCCACCCAGGAAACCUCCAAAGUUCCUCCUGUCACUGCCACAUCAAAAACUGUCAGUACAAAAUCUGCUAACAAAAAUGUUAAGGAAAAGAAGACCGAAAAGGAGACUGUAGAUCCAAUUAAAUAUACAGAGGUCAGUGCUACAACUCAAGUAGCACCAGAAAAAGUGAAGCACAAAUCAGAUAUUUCAACAGAAUCUGCUCAGGAAACCUUCAAAGUUCCUACUGUCACUGCUGCUGCCAGCACUGUCAUCACAAAAUCUGUUGACAAAGAUGUCAAGGAACAGAAGACAACAAAGGUGGCUGUAGAUCCCAUUAAAUCUGCAGAGGUCAGUAUUACAGCUAAAAUCGCACCUGAGAAAGUAAAGUUCACACCAGAUAUUACAAUGGAAUCUACACAGGAAACCUCCAAAGUUUCUACUGUCACUGCCACAUCAAAAACUGUCAGCACAAAAUCUGUUGACAAAGAGGAGAAGAAAACAAUGGUAACUGUUGAUCCAGUUAAAUCUGCAGAGGUCAAUGCUACAGCUAAAACUGCACCUGAGAAAGUGAGGCCCAAACCAGAUAUUAAAAUGGAUUCUGCUCAGGAAACCUCCAAAGUUUCUACUGUCACUCCUGCUACCAGCACUGUCACCACAAAACCUGUUAUGAAAAAUGUCGAGGCAGAGAAGACAGCAAAGGUGACUGUAGAUCCCAUUAAGUCUGCAGAUGUUAAUGCAAUGGCUAAAAAAGCACAGGAAACAAUGAAGUCCACACCAGAUAUUACAAUGGAUUCUACAAAGGAAACCUCCAAAGUUUCUCCUGUCACUGCCACAUCAAAAACUGUCAGCACAAAAUCUGUUGACAAAGAUGUCAAGGAAGAGAAGACAACAGCGGUAACUGUUGAUCCAAUUAAAUCUGCAAAAGUCAGUGCUACAAGUAAAACUCCAUCUGAGAAGGUGAAGCCCAAACCAGAUGUUAAAAUAGAUCCUGCUGAGGAAACCUCCAAAGUUGCUACUGUCACUGCUGAUGCUAGCACCGUCAUCACAAAACUUGUUAGUACAGAUGUCAAGAAAGAGAAGACAGAAAAGGUGAUUGUGGAUCCCAUUAUGUCUGCAGAGGUUGAUGCAACAGCUAAAAAAGCAGCGAAAGAAGUGAAACCCAAACCAGAUAUUACAAUGGAAUCCACCCAGGAAACCUCCAAAGUUUCUCCUGUCACUGCCACAUCAAAAACUGUCAGUACAAAAUCUGUUGACAAAGAUGUCAAGGAGGAGAAGACUAAACCGGUGACUGCGGAUCCAACUAAAUCUGCAGAGGUUAGUGCUACUGCUAAAACUGCACAUGAGAAAGUGAAGCCUACACCAGAUAUCAUAACAGAAUCUGCUCAGGAAACCUCCAAAGUUCCUUCUAUCGCUGCUGCUGCCUUCCCUGUAAGCAAAAAAUCUGGUGAUAAAGAUGUCAAGGAAGAGAUUGGUGAUCCAAUUAAAUCUGCAGAGGUCAAUGCUACAGUUAGAACUGCACCUGAGGAAGUGAAGCCCAAACCAGAUAUUACAACAGAAUCCACUCAAGAAACCUCCACAGUUCCUACUGUCACUACCACAUCCAAAACCGUUAGCACAAAAUCUGCUAACAAAAAUGUUAAGGAAAAGAAGACCGAAAAGGUGACUGUAGAUCCAAUUAAAUCUGCAGAGGUCAGUGCUACAACUCAAGUUGCACCAGAAAAAGUGAAGCUCAAAUCAGAUAUUUCAACAGAAUCUGCUCAGGAAACCUUCAAAGUUCCUACUGUCACUGCUGCUGCCAGCACUGUCAUCACAAAAUCUGUUGACAAAGAUGUCAAGGAACAGAAGACAACAAAGGUGAUUGUGGAUCCCCUUAAAUCUGCGGAGGUUAAAAUGGCAGUUGAUGUGGAAACUGAUAAAGUUAGGCCUCAAGCAGUUAUUACAAAGGCACCUCCCCAAGAAAUCUCCAAACUCCCUACUGAAACUGCCACCAUCAGCCCUGCCAUGACAAAACCUGUUGGUACAGUUCUUGGAAAAAGCAAGCUUAAGAAAGCAAAGCUUAAUGAGGACUCUGUUAAACCCACAGAAAUGAAGACUGAAGUUGCAGCGGAAUCUACAAAAGAAAAUAGUAAGCCAGAUAAAACUGGUGAAAUAACUGUCACUCAGGAGACCACCAAACCCGAACCUGACAGCACCACGAGCAAACCAGUGGGACUCACUCGUGCAGCGGAGGGAAUCUCCAAAGUUAAAAUGACUCAGGAACCUAUUCAGGCUAAAGUAACUUCAGAGAAUCUCUCAGCAAAGCCUAAAACUGAUGAAGUAAUCCAGAAAAUUACUACAGUAACUGAAACUACCAUAAGUACAAAGACUGUCUCAGCACCCCUGGCCAGUGCUGAAGAUGCACAGCUUGUCACAGGGAAAAAUAAAAUAUCAGAGAUAAUUACAAAACAGAAGAAAACUGAUGUAAAAGCGAUUCCUCAUGUCAAGAAAGAUGAAACAGUUCUGCCAGAGGAGGCACCUAAAGAUUCAGUGCAGGGCCCUACAACAGAACAAAAAGACUCAGAUUCAUCUAAGGCUGCUCAAAAUGUUGUUGUCACAGAGGUGGUUAAAGAAGCCAAACAAGUGACUGAGGGAAGCUCAAAAUCGAAAAGAAAGAAAAAGAGAUCUCCAGGUGAGAAAUCAAAGAGUAUAGAUGCUGAGAAUCCCCCUGAACCAAAGGAAAAAAACUCUGAAGACAAGUCCCCAGAGGAGCUGGCAGAAUUUACCAGCCAACCUGCACCAGUUCUUACCUCAGAACCUUUAACUGUGUCUACCAGCAUAAAGAUAGCAGGGCAAACUAAGGCUGAGGCAAAAUUAAAUGUUGACAAAAAGCAAAUAAAAGAAGUCCCGAAACAAAUGAAUGAGAAGCCAAAGGAGAAGGACCUUAAACAGACAAACAUUAUUACAGAAGAAGCACCACCAUCAUUAUGUCAAGUCCCUACAGUGCCCCUAGUGGACGUAAAAGACGUUGUUGAUGGAAGCAGUAUUAGCAAGAUCACACAGGGACAAUUAUCCCCCGAGGGCAACUUAAAGGCUGCGUUGCGUCAUAAAGAGCCAGUGAAAUCUGAGAAAAAGACUGUAACUAAAGUAGAAACAGUGAUGGUGCAGAAAAUAAGUCAAGUGGAACUUCUGCAAACAAGCCCUAAACCUGAAGAGAAAAUCCCUGCGCCUCUGUCGGAAUCUCAAAAACCCACAUUGGAGGCAAAAUCCCUAAUAAGUACAGUGAAAGCUGCAGAGGAGCCUUCAAAGGGAAAGAAGAAAGGGAAAGGGAAAAAACAGGCUAAGGCAACAGAAUCAGAGACUAUAAACACAAAGCCUGUUCUUUUGCCAUCCACUGACAUUACAUCAUUGCCCAAGGCCACAGCUAAAGACAGCCCUGUCACGGCCUCUGAACUGACAGACCAUGUUUCUCCAAAGAUGACUCCUAAAAGAAUGUGCAGUGAGGAAGUCAGGCAGGCAGCAGCUGUGUUCUCUGAGGCCCUAGCAGACAAAGGAGAGGUGGAGCCAGCGCUGCUCUCUGCAGAAAAAAUCAAGCGGGAGGUUCCGAAACUAGAAACAUCCUCCACUGCGAGGGAAGCACCCGCAGCCGGAGAAUUAGCGUCAGCAGCACCAGCAGCAACAGCAGAGGCAGCUGUAGCUCAGGCACAGGCCAGCCCCUUCGUCAGGCAAGAGGAGCCUCCCAAAGUUGCACAACAUUCGGCCACUCGAGCAGCAGAGUGCAGCACAGAGGAAAGGAUCUCUGUUUCUAAGGCCUUAAAGCAGAAGGAAGCGAAGAAGAGGGACUUGGAGGAGGACACACCCUCUGCCACUGCCACACCCAUAGCCCAGCCUGACCGGCCUCACCUGGACGACACCUGUGAAUCUGAACAAUCUGACAUAGACGAGGCCGCCAUGAAGAGGAAAAUUGUUGUGGUAGAGGAGAUAGUUGAGGUGAAGCAGCUUAUCAACCCUGAGGCAGCUGAGGAGCAGUCACCUCCUUCAUCUGUGCAAACUGGGGUGGAAGGAGAGGAACUGGACCUGGACGUUCUGGAGGCAAUCGCUAUACAGCGAUCAGUCCUAUCAGACACGGCAAGUGUCAAGGUGCAAGGAGCCUCACCUGAAGCAGACUGGGACCACUCACUGGAGGAACCAGAGGAGAAGACGUGGCCUAACUUCAUUGAAGAUGAACGAGAUCGAGUACAGAAAAAGACCUUCACAAAAUGGGUGAACAAGCACUUGAUAAAGCACUGGAAGGGAGAGUCGCAGCGUCGCGUGUCAGACCUGUAUGAAGACCUUCGAGAUGGACACAACCUGAUCUCGCUGCUGGAGGUCCUCUCUGGAGAAUCACUGCCCAGAGAGAAAGGCCGCAUGCGAUUCCACAAACUGCAGAAUGUACAGAUAGCACUGGACUUCCUCCGACACCGGCAGGUCAAACUGGUCAACAUCAGAAACGAUGACAUAGCAGAUGGGAACCCCAAGCUGACGCUGGGGUUAAUAUGGACCAUCAUCCUCCACUUCCAGGUCUCCUCCUCAAUCUCCGAUAUCCAGAUCAAUGGCCAGUCAGAAGACAUGACAGCCAAGGAGAAGCUGCUGCUCUGGUCCCAGAGGAUGACGGACGGCUACCAGGGCAUCCGCUGCGACAACUUCACCACCAGCUGGAGGGAUGGCAAACUCUUCAAUGCUGUCAUACACAAGCACUACCCCAGACUCAUCGACAUGGGCAAAGUGUACCGACAGACCAACAUGGAGAACCUAGAACACGCCUUUAGUGUGGCUGAGAGAGACCUGGGAGUGACACGCCUCCUGGACCCUGAGGACGUGGAUGUCCCGCAUCCUGAUGAGAAAUCCAUCAUCACUUACGUGUCGUCCUUGUAUGAUGUCAUGCCUCGUGUUGAAGCCACCGUCAGAUCUAAUGACCUGGAGCUGCGCUGGCAGGAGUACUAUGAGCUGGUGACUGUCCUGCUCCAGUGGAUGCGCCACCAUGUCAUGAUCUUCGAAGAGAGGAAGUUCCCCGCCAGCUAUGAGGAGAUAGAGCUUCUUUUGCGGCAGUUCUCAAAGUUCAAAGAGACAGAGCUGCCAGUGAAAGAACAAGACAAGAACCACUCUAAACACAUCUACCAGUCCUUUGAGAGUGCAGUGCAUGCUGGUCAGGUGAAGGUCCCUCCUGGUUACCAUCCCAUUGAUGUGGAGAAAGAAUGGGGUCGACUCCAUGUGGCCAUCCUCGAGAGAGAGAAGCUGCUCAGGAUAGAGUUUGAAAGACUUGAGAGGCUCCAGAGAAUUUACAGCAAAGUCAACAUGGAGUCAGGGAUGUGUGAUGACCAGCUCAGCUACCUGACCUCCCUGGUGCAAUCGGACAUCCGCCUACUGAGUGCAGGAAAACCAGCACAGCACACAGCGGAGGUGGAAAGGGAGCUGGACAAGGCAGAAAACAUGAUUCGCCUGCUCUUCAAUGAUGUGCAGAUGCUCAAGGAUGGGCGCCACCCUCAGGCUGAUCAGAUGUACCGCAGAGUUUACUGCCUCCAUGAGCGCCUGGUGAACUUGCGCAGCGAUUACAACCUUCGUCCCAAGACUGCUAGCAUGACUACUUCCCAGGUGAAUCUGACCAAGAGCACCCAGCAGUCCAUCAUGAAGGUACGGCCAGAGUUGGAUGACGUGACCCUGCGCUACGUCCAAGACCUGCUGGCCUGGGUGGAGGAGAACCAGCGUCGCAUUGAUGAUGCCGAGUGGGGAUCUGACCUGCCCUCGGUGGAGUCCCAGCUGGGCAGCCACAGAGGCCUGCAUCAGACCGUGGAGGACUUUAAAUCCAAGAUUGAACGGGCCAAGGCAGACGAGAACCAACUGUCACCUGUCAGUAAGGGCACAUACAGAGAAUACCUGGGAAAACUGGACCUUCAGUAUGGCAAACUACAGAACUCUUCCAAAUCCCGUCUAAGGAACUUGGAUUCACUGCACAGCUUCGUCAGCGCUGCCACUAAGGAACUGAUGUGGUUACAUGACAAAGAAGAGGAAGAGGUCAACUUUGACUGGAGUGACAGGAACAGCAACAUGACGGCUAAGAAAGACAACUACUCGGGUCUCAUGCGAGAGCUGGAGCUGAGAGAAAAGAAGGUCAAUGAUAUCCAGGCUAUGGGAGACAAACUUGUCAAGGAUGGACAUCCUGGCAAGAAGACAGUCGAGUCCUUUACAGCUGCCCUGCAGACUGAGUGGAGCUGGAUCCUCCAGCUGUGCUGCUGUAUAGAGGCUCAUCUCAAAGAAAACACAGCCUACUACCAGUUCUUUGGCGAUGUGAAAGAGGCCCAGGACAAGAUGAAGAAAAUGCAAGAGAACAUGAAAAAGAAAUACAGCUGCGAUCGCUCUACAACAGCCACACGCCUGGAGGAUCUGCUGCAGGAUGCUGUGGAGGAGAAAGAGCAGCUGAAUGAAUUCAAGACUCUGGUGACUGGCCUGAACAAGAGAGCCAGGUCCAUCAUCCAGCUGAAACCACGAAACCCCACCACCUCCAUCAAAGGCAAAACACCCAUUCAGGCUGUCUGUGACUUCAAGCAGCAGGAGAUCACAGUUCACAAAGGAGAUGAGUGCGCUCUCCUCAACAACUCUCAGCCCUUCAAGUGGAAGGUCUUGAACCGUGCUGGACAUGAGGCAGUGGUGCCUUCAGUCUGCUUCAUGGUACCUCCAGUCAACAAGGAGGCUGUGGACAGUGUGUCAAGUCUGGAUGCAGGUCAUCAGCAGAUGGUGUCCAUGUGGCAGAAGCUCCAUAUAGACAUGAAGAGUCUGCUGUCAUGGCAGUACCUGAUGAGAGACUACACACAGAUACGCUCCUGGAACAUCUCCAUGCUGAAGACGAUGAAGCCAGAGGAGUACCGGCUGAUCAUGAGGAACCUGGAGCUCCACUACCAGGACUACAUGCGUGACAGCCAGGACUCACAGCUCUUCGGCCCUGAUGACCGCAUGCAGAUUGAGGAGGACUACACCAAGUCCACCCAGCAUUUCGACAACCUGCUUCGCUCCAUGGAGAAAGGGCAAAUGGUUGUUAGGCUCAAAGGUCAACAGAAUGAGUCUCUGUGUAAGAACUACAUCUCUGAGAUCAAGGACCUGCGUCUGCGUAUAGAAGACUGCGAGGCUCAGACUGUGGCUCGCAUUCGCAAACCUGUGGAGAAGGAGCCUCUGAAAGAAUGUGUUCAGAAGACCACAGAGCAGAAGAAAGUCCAGGUACAGCUGGACGGCCUCAAGAAGGACCUUGAUAAGGUAUCUGUCAGGACAAAUGAAGUCUUGGCCUCCCCUCAGCAGUCUGCCUCAGCUCCUGUGCUUCGGUCAGAGCUUGACGUCACCGUGCAGAAGAUGGAUCACGCUCACAUGCUGUCCUCCGUUUAUCUUGACAAGCUGAAGACUGUGGAAAUGGUCAUCCGUAACACGCAGGGUGCUGAGGGAGUUCUCAAGCAGUAUGAGGACUGUCUGCGGGAGGUUCACACUGUGCCUGGUGAUAUCAAGGAAGUAGAGACUUACAGGACCAAGCUUAAGAAAAUGCGAGCUGAAGCUGAGGGUGAACAGCCAGUGUUCGAUUCCCUGGAAGAAGAGCUGAAGAAAGCCUCUGCUGUGAGCGACAAGAUGUCCCGUGUGCACAGUGAGCGUGACGUUGAGCUGGACCACUACCGCCAGCUCCUGUCUAGCCUCCAGGACCGCUGGAAGGCCGUGUUCACCCAGAUCGACCUUCGCCAGAGAGAGCUGGAGCAGCUCGGUCGCCAGCUAGGCUACUAUCGCGACAGCUAUGAUUGGCUAAUCCGCUGGAUUGCCGACGCCAAGCAAAGGCAGGAGAAGAUCCAGGCUGUGCCCAUCACUGACAGCAAGACUAUGAAAGAACAACUUGCUCAGGAGAAGAAACUGUUGGAGGAGAUUGAGCAGAACAAAGACAAAGUUGAUGAGUGUCAAAAAUAUGCUAAAGCGUACAUUGACACUAUCAAGGACUAUGAACUCCAGUUGGUCGCCUACAAAGCGCAGGUGGAACCUCUUGCUUCUCCCCUGAAGAAAACCAAACUGGAUUCUGCUUCUGAUAAUAUUAUUCAGGAGUAUGUAACACUGAGGACCAGGUACAGUGAGCUGAUGACUCUGACUAGUCAGUACAUCAAGUUCAUCACCGAUACGCAGCGCCGCUUGGAGGACGAGGAGAAAGCUGCAGAGAAAAUCAAAGCGGAAGAACAGAAAAAAAUGGCCGAGAUGCAGGCUGAGUUAGACAAACAAAAGCAGUUAGCUGAAGCUCAAGCAAAGGCCAUUGCUAAAGCCCAGAAAGAGGCUCAAGAGCUGAAGCACAAAAUGCAGGAAGAAGUAAUCAGGAGAGAAAAUGCUGCUGUAGAUGCAGAAAAGCAAAAGAAAAACAUCCAGCUGGAACUGCAUGAGCUCAAAAACCUCUCAGAUCAGCAGAUCAAGGACAAAAGUCAACAAGUGGAUGAAGCUCUUCAAAGCCGGGUGAAAAUUGAGGAAGAAAUCCGCCUCAUCAGGAUCCAACUAGAAACAACGGUAAAGCAGAAGUCUACUGCAGAAACUGAACUUAAGCAACUUCGCGAUAAGGCAAAUGAAGCUGAGAAACUCAGAAAGGCUGCCCAGGACGAGGCUGAGAAGCUCCGCAAACAAGUUAACGAAGAGACCCAGAAAAAGCGCAUGGCCGAGGACGAACUCAAACGCAAAUCUGAAGCAGAAAAAGAAGCUGCAAAGCAGAAACAGAAAGCUCUGGAAGACCUUGAAAACCUCAGGAGGCAAGCAGAGGAGGCUGAAAAACAAGUGAAGAAAGCAGAGGUUGAAAAGGAAACACAAAUCAAGAUUGCUCAUGAAGCAGCCCAGAAGAGCGCCGCUGCUGAGCUCCAGAGCAAACACAUCUCUUUUGUUGAAAAGACCUCAAAGUUAGAGGAAUCACUUAAGCAAGAGCAUGGCGCUGUUGUUCAGCUGCAACAAGAAGCAUCACGACUCAAAAAACAACAGGAGGAUGCAGAAAAGGCCAGAGAAGAGGCCGAAAAAGAACUUGAUAAAUGGAGACAGAAAGCUAACGAGGCCCUUCGUCUGAGACUCCAAGCUGAAGAAGAAGCUCACCAAAAGAGCCUCGCUCAAGAAGAAGCUGAGAAACAAAAGGAGGAGGCAGAGCGUGAGGCUAAGAAGAGAGCCAAAGCUGAGGACUCAGCACUGAAGCAGAAGGAGAUGGCUGAGAAAGAGCUUGAGAGGCAGAGGAAGGUCGCUGAGAGCACAGCUCAGCAGAAACUCACUGCAGAACAGGAGCUCAUUAGACUUAGAGCAGACUUUGACAAUGCAGAACAGCAGAGAUCUCUCCUUGAAGAUGAACUUUACCGCCUGAAGAAUGAAGUCGCUGCAGCUCAGCAACAAAGAAAACAACUGGAAGAUGAACUUGCCAAAGUCCGGAGUGAAAUGGAAGUACUCAGUUCAAUGAAAUCGAGGUUAGAAGAGGAGACCAUGUCCAACACAGAGAAGAGCAAACAACUUCUUGAGGCAGAAGCCGCCAAGAUGAGGGACCUGUCUGACGAGGCCAGCAAGCUCAGGGCCAUCGCAGAGGAGGCCAAGCAUCAGAGGCAAGUUGCUGAGGAAGAAGCAGCUCGUCAGAGAGCCGAGGCUGAAAGGAUUCUCAAGGAGAAGCUGGCUGCAAUCAGUGAGGCCACCCGGUUAAAGACGGAGGCUGAAAUUGCCCUGAAAGAGAAGGAAGCUGAAAACGAGAGACUCCGGCGGCAAGCUGAGGAUGAGGCUUACCAGAGGAAAGCUCUUGAAGACCAGGCCAACCAGCACAAGCAAGACAUUGAGGAAAAGAUAGUCCUUCUCAAAAAAUCAUCUGAAGCCGAAAUGGAACGACAAAAGGCAAUAGUGGAUGACACACUCAAACAGAGGCGAGUUGUUGAAGAGGAAAUCCGAAUUCUCAAGCUUAACUUUGAAAAGGCUUCAUCUGGAAAACUUGAUCUUGAGCUAGAACUGAAUAAAUUGAAAAACAUUGCAGAGGAAACUCAACAAAGCAAGCUCAGAGCAGAGGAGGAGGCUGAGAAACUAAGGAAGCUUGCCCUCGAGGAGGAGAAGAGGAGAAGGGAAGCAGAGGAGAAGGUUAAGAAGAUUGCUGCUGCAGAAGAAGAGGCGGCCAGACAACGCAAGGCAGCCCAAGAUGAGCUUGAACGCCUGAAAAAGAAAGCAGAAGAAGCCAAAAAGCAGAAAGAUGAGGCCGACAUAGAAGCAGAAAAACAGAUUGUUGUAGCCCAACAAGCAGCUCUGAAAUGCAGUGCAGCUGAGCAGCAAGUCCAAAGUGUCCUUGCUCAACAGAAGGAAGACAGCAUCAUGCAGAAGAAGCUUAAAGAAGAGUACGAGAAAGCCAAGAAGCUUGCCAAAGAGGCAGAGGCUGCUAAGGAGAAGGCCGAAAGGGAGGCAGCUCUCCUUCGUCAACAAGCAGAGGAGGCAGAGCGACAAAAAUCAGCUGCUGAGCAAGAAGCUGCGAACCAAACCAAAGCUCAAGAAGAUGCGGAGAGGUUGAGAAAGGAGGCUGAAAUUGAAGCUGAGAAACGAAAGCAAGCAGAAGCUGCAGCACUGAAGCAGAAGCAACAAGCUGAUGCUGAAAUGGUGAAGCACAAAAAACUGGCUGAGCAAACAUUAAAACAAAAGUCUCAAGUGGAGCUGGAGCUCACAAAGGUUAAACUCAAGCUCGAUGAAACUGACAAACAGAAAUCUCUCCUGGAUGAUGAGCUGCAGCGGCUGAAGGACGAGGUGGACGAUGCUGUCAAACAAAGGGCUCAGGUGGAGGAGGAGCUGUUCAAAGUCAAGGUUCAGAUGGAGGAACUACUCAAACUGAAAAUCAGAAUUGAGGAGGAAAAUCAGCGUCUUAUCAAGAAAGACAAGGAUAACGUACAAAAAUUCCUUGCUGAAGAGGCUGAGAAUAUGAAAAAGCUUUCGCAGGAUGCUGCCAGACUUAGUGUAGAAGCCCAAGAAGCUGCACGCUUGAGGCAGAUUGCAGAAGACGACCUCAAUCAGCAGCGAGCGCUUGCUGAUAAAAUGCUCAAAGAGAAAAUGCAGGCCAUACAAGAAGCUUCUAGAUUACGAGCAGAAGCAGAGCUGCUACAGAGGCAGAAAGACUUGGCUCAGGAGCAGGCCCAAAAGCUGCUGCAGGACAAACAAUUAAUGCAGCAGCGUCUGGAGGAGGAAACAGAGGAAUACCAGAAGUCACUGGAAGCAGAGAGGAAGAGGCAAUUGGAGAUCACAGCAGAAGCUGAAAAACUCAAAUUACAGGUUUAUCAGCUCAGUGAAGCCCAAGCCAAAGCUGAAGAAGAGGCCAAAAAAUUCAAGAAGCAGGCUGAUACGAUCGCUGCCCGUCUUCAUGAGACUGAGAUUGCCACCAAGGAAAAAAUGACUGUAGUGGGAAAACUGGAAGUCCAAAGACUACAUACCAGCAAAGAAGCUGACGAUUUACGCAAAUCUAUCGCAGACCUAGAGAAUGAGAAGGCUAGACUGAAAAAGGAGGCUGAAGAACUUCAAAAUAAGUCUAAAGAGAUGGCUGAUGCGCAGCAGAAACAAAUGGAGCAUGAGAAGACAGUGCUCCAGCAGACAUUCCUGACAGAAAAGGAAAUGCUCUUAAAGAAAGAGAAGCUAAUUGAAGAUGAGAAAAAGAGGCUGGAGAGCCAGUUUGAGGAAGAGUUGAAAAAGGCCAAGGCUCUUAAAGAUGAACAAGAACGCCAGAGACAGCAGAUGGAGGAGGAGAAGAAGAAGCUCCAGGCUACCAUGGAUGCAGCCCUCAGUAAACAGAAAGAAGCUGAGAAAGAAAUGCAGAACAAGCAGAAAGAAAUGCAAGAACUGGAGAAGAAGAGAAAAGAGCAGGAAAAGAUUCUUGCAGAAGAGAACCAGAAAUUGCGUGAGAAGCUGCAACAGCUUGAGAAAGCCCAGAAAGACCAGCCCAAAAAAGAAAUCGACAUUCAGACCGAUAAAGAGGGGAUCAUUAAUGGUCGUAGUGCUGUUGAGUUAGAUGGCGUGGGCAAGAAACCAGAUCCAAUGGCUUUUGAUGGCAUUCGUGAUAAGGUACCUGCAAGCAGACUUUUUGACCUUGGUCUUUUACCCAAGAAGGAGUUUGACAAGCUGAAAAACGGCAAAACCACUGUUCAAGAGCUUGGUGAAACUGAAAAUCUAAAACACAUUCUUAAAGGAAAGAAUCCCAUUGCUGGUGUCUUGACCCCAUCUAAUCAAAAGAUGUCAAUCUAUCAAGCAUCAAAAGAGAAGAAGAUUACCCCUGGCACAGCCAUGGUCCUUCUUGAAGCACAGGCAGCCACAGGUUACAUCUUAGACCCCAUCAAGAACCAGAAACUUUCUGUGAAUGAGGCUGUCAAGAAAGAAGUGAUUGGCCCUGAACUCCACAACAAAAUGCUUUCAGCUGAGAGAGCUGUUGUUGGCUACAAAGAUCCAUACAGUGGUGGGAAGAUCUCUGUAUUUGAAGCCAUGAAGAAGGGUCUGGUAGAACAUGAUCAAGCCAUCAGAGUUCUUGAAGCUCAGGUUGCAACCGGUGGUAUAAUAGACCCUAUCAACAGUCACCGUGUAUCCAAUGCAACAGCCUAUAAACAGGGACAGUAUGAUGCAGAAAUGAAUAAGAUGAUGGAAAAACCCUCAGAUGACACAAAGGGAUACUUUGACCCCAGCACUCAGGAACCUUUGACAUAUUCUGAACUAAUGACAAGAUGCACAACUGACCCCGAGACUGGUCUGUUACUCCUGCCAAUCACAGACAAAGCUGCUCAGUGCUCUAGUAUGUACACUGAGGAAGAGACCAAGGAUGUGUUCAGCAAAACAACUGUCUCUGUACCAUUUGGAAGAUUUAAGGGAAAGACUGUCACUAUUUGGGAGAUAAUCAACUCUGAGUACUUCACUGAAGACCAGAAGAAAGAUCUUCUCCGUCAGUACAAGACAGGAAAAAUCACAAUCGAAAAGAUCAUUAAGAUUGUAAUUACUGUGGCUGAGGAGAAAGAGAAGAAGAACGAAAUUACCUUUGAUGGUCUGAGAGCACCUGUUCCUGCUACUGAGCUUGUGGAGUCUAAAAUCAUUGACAAAGACCUGUACAACAAAUUGCAAAAGGGCAAUAAGACAGUCAAAGAGGUCUCUGAAAUGGAGCCUGUCCACAAAGCACUGAAGGGUACAAACUGCAUUGCAGGUGUAGUCAUUGACUCAUCCAAGGCAACAAUGUCCUUCUAUCAAGCUUUGAAGAAGGACAUGAUGAGGGCAGGGCCUGCCUUGCAUAUGCUUGAAGCUCAGGCAGGAACAGGCUACGUGGUUGACCCUGUUGAUAAUAAGAAGUACACUGUUGACGAAGCUGUCAAAGCUGGUGUUGUUGGUCCUGAGCUGCACGAAAAGCUCCUAUCUGCAGAGAGAGCCGUUACAGGUUACAAAGAUCCUUACACUGGAAAGACUGUCUCUCUUUUCCAAGCAAUGAGAAAAGAUCUCAUACCUAAAGAGCAAGGAAUCCGGCUGCUUGAUGCUCAAAUGACCACUGGAGGCAUCAUUGAUCCGGUAAAGAGCCAUCGUAUUCCUCAUGAUGUGGCUUGCAAGAGAAAUUAUUUUGAUGAUGAAAUGAAGCAGACUCUGAGCAGUCCCACUGAUGAAACCAAAUGCUUCUUUGACCCCAACACAAAAGAAAAUGUCACAUACGCACAGCUCUUCAAAACAUGUGUCACUGACAAGAAAACUGGUCUCCAACUCCUGCCUCUUUCUGAUGAAGCAAUCAAUGCUAAGGAAGAGCCAACAUACAGUGAAGCCCAGACUAAAGAGGCUAUGACUCAGGCAACUGUGGAGCUUGACUCAGGGCCAUUUAAGGGCAGGAAGAUGACCCUAUGGGACAUUAUCAACUCUGAAUAUCUCACUGAGGAAGAGAGACUUGACCUGCUCAGACAGUUUAGGUCAGGAAAGUUUACAAUUGAAAAGAUAAUUAAGAUUAUUAUAACAGUUGUAAAUGAGAAAGAGGCCAAGAAACAAGAAAAGUCCACCUUCAAGGGACUCAGAGCUCCUGUUCCAGCAAGCUCUCUGUGUGAUUCCAAAAUCAUUGACAAAGAAACCUUUGACCUCCUUCAACAAGGCAAAAUAACACCUAAACAAGUCAGUGAGAAUCCCAGUGUCAACAAAUACCUCCAGGGCUCUGACAGCAUUGCUGGCAUCUACCUAGAACCCACAAAAGAGAAAAUAAGCAUUUAUCAAGCUAUGAAGAAAAAGCUCCUUCGGCACAACACUGGUCUUUCACUUCUUGAAGCUCAGGCUGGAUCUGGGUUCAUUGUAGAUCCAGUAAGGUAUAAAUACCUCUCAGUAGAUGAGGCAGUGAAGUCAGGCCUUGUUGGUCCAGAGCUACAUGAAAAACUCCUCUCGGCAGAAAAAGCUGUCACUGGCUAUAAAGAUCCAUUCACAGGCAACAAAAUAUCCCUCUUUGAGGCAAUGCAAAAGGAUCUAAUCCUGAAAGAGCAUGCCAUGCCCCUGUUGGAAGCACAAAUGGUCAGUGGGGGAAUCAUUGAUGCUGUAAACAGCCACCGUGUCCCCACUGAUGUUGCAUAUCAGAAGAAAAUUUUCAGUAAAGAAAUUGCCAAAACCCUGUCUGAACCAUCUGAUGAUAACAAGGCUUUCACAGACCCAGAAACUGAUGAGAACGUAACCUACAGACAGCUUAAAGACAAAUGCCAAAGAGAUAAAGACACAGGCCUGUGCAUGCUCCCACUCUCCAAGCCUCAGUCUCCAACUGUUGUGGAGAAGACAUACCUCUACACAGAAGAACAAACUCAGAGUGAGUUGACCGACACUAAAAUUGACAUUCCAGUUGAGGGCCUUGCUGACAAACCAAUGAACCUCUGGGAUGUCAUGAACUCAAAUCUGCUUCCAGAGCAAGAAAGACAGAAGCUCAUGGAUGAAUAUCGCUCUGGACAAAUCACUAAAGAGCGGAUGAUCAUUAUCAUUAUAGAAAUCAUGGAGCAAAGAGAGAUCAUAAGAACUGAUAGCCCACUGUCAUAUAAGACUAUAAGGAGAAGAAUAACAAUUGAAGAACUCUACAAUGCUCGCAUCAUUGACUUGGAGACAUACAACCUUCUUAAACAGGGCAAGAGGGAUAUCCGUGACAUUAUGGAGAUGACCAGUGUGAAACAGUACCUCUAUGGCACAGGCUGCGUUGCUGGGGUCACAACUGACUCAAGCUCCAAAAUAAGCAUAUACCAGGCCAUGAAGAGAGGUUUUAUUCAACCAGAAAUCGGCCUCAGCCUCCUGGAAGCACAAGCUGCAACAGGAUUCAUUGUGGAUCCAGUAAAGAAUGAGACACUCACUGUUGAUGAAGCUGUUCGUAAGGGUGUUGUCGGCCCUGAGAUCCACGACAAACUUCUUUCAGCUGAAAGAGCUGUUACAGGAUACAAAGAUCCCUACAGUGGGAAAGUCAUAUCCCUUUUCCAGGCCAUGAAAAAGGAUCUUGUGCCAGAGGAUUAUGCUCUAAAAAUGAUCGAGGCACAAACUGCAACUGGUGGUAUUAUUGAUCCUGAAUUCCAGUUCCACCUGCCAGCAGACGUUGCCAUGCAAAGAGGCUAUAUAAACAAGGAAACCAACGAGAGACUGAAUGAUGAUGUUAAAGGAUUCACUGACCCUGUCACUAAUGAGAAAGUGUCAUAUGCUGAGCUGCUAAAGAGGUGCAAGUUAGAUGGUGGUUUGCGCCUUCUCUCCCUGGGAGACAAGAGGCUGACCUUCAAGGGUCUGAGAAAACAAAUCACAAUGGAGGAACUACUGCGCUCACAAAUUAUUGACCAGCAGACUGUCACUGAACUGAACGAAGGCCUUAUUUCAGUGGAGGAGGUUAGCAAUAGGCUAUCAAGGUACCUUGAGGGCACAGGCUGUAUUGCUGGUGUGUUUUUGGAACCCUCAAAGGAACGUCUAUCAAUUUACCAGGCCAUGAAGAAGAACAUGAUUAGGCCAGGCACUGCAUUUGAACUCCUCGAGGCCCAGGCAGCCACAGGGUAUGUCAUUGAUCCAAUCAAAAACCUCAAACUGACUGUCAAUGAAGCAGUGAAGAUGGGAAUUGUGGGCCCAGAAUUCAAAGACAAGCUUCUCUCUGCUGAGCGUGCAGUGACAGGAUAUAGAGAUCCUUAUUCUGGCAGGACAAUUUCCCUGUUCCAGGCCAUGAAAAAGGGGCUCAUCCUUAAAGAUCAUGGUAUCCGUCUCCUGGAAGCCCAGAUUGCCACUGGUGGAAUCAUUGACCCAGAGGAAAGUCACCGUGUGCCAGUUGAGGUGGCCUACAAACGUGGCUUCUUUGAUGAGGAAAUGAAUGAGAUCCUGACAGAUCCAUCUGAUGACACCAAAGGCUUCUUUGAUCCUAACACUGAGGAAAACCUAACUUACCUCCAGCUGAUGGAGAGGUGCAUCACUGACCCUGACACAGGACUGGUGCUCCUGCUGCUCAAAGAAAAGAAGCGGGAAAGGAAGACCUCCUCCAAAUCCUCAGUUCGUAAACGCAGAAUUGUCAUUGUAGAUCCAGAGACAGGCAAAGAAAUGACUGUGUACGAGGCCUAUAGGAAGGGACUCAUUGACCACCAAACCUACCUUGAGCUUGCUGAGCAGGAGUGUGAAUGGGAAGAGAUCACAAUGACUUCCUCUGAUGGUACUGUAAAGUCCAUUAUCAUUGACAGGAGGUCAGGGAGACAGUACGAUGUUGAUGAUGCUCUUUCUCGUGGACUUAUUGAUCAGAAUGCUCUUGAUACAUACCGAGCCGGAAACUUGUCCAUCACAGAGUUUGCUGACAUGCUUUCUGGCAACAUGGGAGGCUUCCGAUCACGCUCAUCCUCUUUUGGUUCCACCACUGGUUCCACCUACUCCUCUCCCAUGAGCCCCAUUCCCUCCAUGAAAGCACCUGCAGUUAUCUGGAAUGACCCAACAGAAGAGACUGGCCCCAUAGCAGGAAUACUGGACACAGACACAUUGGAGAAGAUCUCUAUCACUGAGGCAAUCCACAGAAAUGUGGUAGACAACAUCACAGGCCAGAGACUGUUGGAGGCCCAAGCCUGCACUGGGGGAAUAAUUGACCCCUCAAGUGGAGAAAGAUUCUCAGUUGCUGAUGCCACAGAAAAAGGCCUUGUGGAUAAAGUCAUGGUUGACCGCCUUAACCUGGCUCAAAAAGCUUACAAUGGAUUUGAAGAUCCCAGAACUAAAGAAAGGAUGUCUGCCUCCCAGGCUCUAAAGAAGGGCUGGUUGUAUUAUGAGGCUGGUCAGCGUUUCCUUGAGGUCCAAUAUCUGACCGGUGGACUUAUUGAGCCCAGUGUCGAGGGCAGAGUGUCACUUGAUGAAUCCAUCAGGAAGGGCACAAUCGAUGCCCGCACAGCUCAGAAACUGAGAGAUGUCAGCACGUAUUCUAAAUAUCUAACGUGUCCAAAAACCAAGCUGAAAAUCUCCUUCAAAGAUGCCAUGGACAAAAGCAUGGUCGAGGAAGGAUCUAGUCUAAGGCUUCUGGAGGCCUCCUCCCAGUCCAGCAAAGGACUCUACAGUCCCUACAAUGCCAGUGGUCCUGGAUCUGCAUAUGGCUCUCGAACUGGCUCAAGGACCGGAUCCCGAACAGGCUCCAGAAGAGGCAGUUUUGAUGCUGGCUCUGGCUUCAGCAUGAACUUCGCUUCCUCCUCCUUCACAUCCUCUUCUAGCUACAGCCGCAGAUUCUGAUUAGCUAGUUCUCUUUCUAAUGACUUGUGACCUAGAACCAUCAAUACUAAUGCACUUUACAGUUGCAUUUCUAACAGGAAAUAAUAGUUACAGUAACAAAGAAAAUAUAAUUUAUUUAUUCUACUUUGCAUGUGGUCACAACAAGAAUUACCUAUGCUAUUGAUUUUUUUUUCCUUAACAUCUGUUUAAACAUUUGCCUCAUAUAUAUAGAGGAACCAAGCAUUGCGAGAUACAUAAAAUAUAAAAUCCUUUUUCUUCUUAGUACUGAUUACAAGUCAGUUUCUAUUUUUCAAAGCAAAGCAUGACAUUUCUGCAGUUUUUUAAGUGACUUUAAUUUUCAUUUUACACUUGUUAAAAUGAUGUAUACUUGUGCUUUCUGAAACUAAUAUAUACUUUUUGUUUGUCAGACAGAAAUAUUUUUCCAGUAAUCCUUGUUUUCUUUGAAAUUCAAGAAUAUUUGUCUAUUUUUUAUCUUUUUUGAAAGUACUAGUAAUGAGAUACCAAAUGUCAACAGACUUCUAAUGUUUUUAACUAAAAUAUAUAUAGAUGCCUUUCAAAAUUUCUGAAUGUUUGUAUAGAGUAUGGACAAGUACGCGUCCGUGUUUUUAUGUUAUAAGUUGCCUGGGUAACUGUAUGCUGUACCCAGUGAAUCACAGCAGAGAAAACACCUGUGAGACACUACAAAAUGAGACACUACAAGAAUGCAACACUGAAAAGAAGAGCCAGGAUUAAAAUUAUGCAGACUUUUCUGAAAGCAGUUUUACAUGUCAUUACUUUGUGCCAUUCAGUGGACUUGUGCUUCCUUUGAGUUCACUCCAACAUUGUUUCACACACUCCAAAUUUUGGAUUCUUCAUAUUCAACCUCAAUCAAGUGUUCCGGGUAAAUCCCAAGAUGAUGUCAGACUUGAUCCUGCUCUCCCUCACAGACCUGCCUUCUGUUAUUUUCAUUCUUCUGCCUCAGUCGUUCAAAAUCCAACAUCCGAGCACAGAUACUCAGCUGAGCAGAGCAGUCGAUCCCCUCACCUUGGAUGGAUUUGUGAGUCCUGGUCAUCUUCACGCAGGACCACAGAUCUGCCAUUGAGUAUGUCCUUUCUUCCAUUGUACAUCACACUUGAAGAAAGCAGAGACUGAGCCAACACCAUCUUGGGAUGCCUUUAUAGGAACACUCUUCAUUCAUUACCCCUUUUUCAUGUAUUUAUUACUUGAAUGCUAAGAGUGAUAUAUAUGUUGUUUGAUAUUUUUUUUUAGAAACCACUUCCAGGUCAUACACACCUCUGCAUGUACAAUUAAUUUUAAUGAGGAUUAUCUAUAGCGAUACAGCACAUCUUCAAUUACUGAGUCUAUUUUUGUAUUAUCUCUGACUGUAAAUUCAGUUCCACCAAAGUGCCUAUGAGAAAAAUUUGGAGAAUUCACAUAUUGACACAGAAUCACAUUGUAAGAUUGUAUGUAUUAUAUCAAAUUAACUCUUUUCAGUUGACAUUUUGCUACAGAUUUCCUUUGCAAACUGAAAACAGCUCAAAGUUUUAUUUUGCUUAUAGUUCUUUUUUUUCCACAUCAAGUAUUUCUGUUAUGCAUCUUCCAAGUGUUUUACUUCUGUAAAUCUUUUUCAUUUGUUUUCAUUAUGUUUUUGAUAUAAUGAAUUGGACUUGCAUGUUUUACUAACUUUACAAAGGAUAUUGGGGGGAAAAUGUUCAUGAAAAAUAAGAACACCUUCAGUUGUAAGUGCGCUGAUUUUGAUUUUUGCUUUAUAUAGAAAUCACAGACUAACUGGUUGAUUUUGCUUAUGGGGCAGAUGCUGCUUUGAAUGAUAUGGUGAGGAUUGUAAUGUAUGUAUACAUAACACUAUGUUGUAAAUAAAUAUUCUUUGAAGAGGCA